UCUAUGAUUUUGGGUUUCUUUCUUUGUUUUGCCAUCUUUUCUUCUUUUAGUCACUUUUUUGUGCCCUUUUUUCCUUUCUCUCUCACUCUUUUUCUAUCCAACUAACAACAAACAAACUUCCAUUUGAGGCAUGUUCCAAGAUCCUUCAAUCAAGCUUUUUGGAAGUGAUAUUCAUAUUCAUAUUCCCAUUACCACAGAUUCACACUCUUUCUCCUCUCAGAUUCACUCUCUUCCACAACAACAUCAACAACCCAUCUACAUCAUGAAUGGACUUGAGGAAUCGACUAAUGCUGAUGUUAGUGUUUCUUUGAAUGAAGUUUCUUGCAAUCAAGCUUAUCCACGAGAUGAUGCUAAUGCUAUUCCAAACAUGUACGAAACCGGCACUUCAAAACCGGGGACGGAAUUAGUUCAUAGUACUUAUGAACAGAAGACUGCCAAAAGAGAUAUUGACAAUCAAGGGAAAGCUUUCAAGAAGCCAGACAAGGUUCUUCCAUGUCCUCGCUGCAAUAGUUUGGAGACAAAGUUUUGCUAUUUCAACAAUUACAAUGUUAACCAACCAAGGCAUUUCUGCAAAAAUUGUCAUAGGUAUUGGACAGCUGGGGGAGCAAUUCGGAACGUUCCUAUUGGAGCCGGUAAGCGUAGAAAUAAGCAUUUGCCUUUGCAGAACGUUCCUGUCAUACACACAGAUUCCAACCCUGCUAGUCACAUGGAAGAAGUUCCUCUUAGCGAAUCACUAGAAACUGUGUUAAAUCUCAAGAGCCGUAGAAAAAUUGAAACGGACUCUUCUACUGUCAAAGACGAUAUUGAAGACCCUUCUAACUUUUCUGCAACAGCGGCUAAUUCCGGCGAGAAGGAGCAUUCUGAAAAUGGAAUAGAGCAUGUUGGUUUGACACCACAAUACAAUGGCUUAAUUCCUUUGCAUUCACUUCAUUAUUAUUCUGCUCCUCCAUGGACUUAUCCAUGUUGGAAUCCUACGCCGUUUCAGCCAGAUAACAUAACCUCCAGUCCUGCACCCAUGAUGGCAGUAGAAAUACCGAUGCCACCUUCAUCAUAUUGGGGUUGUAUGCCAAAUUGGGUUGGCCAAAUGGAUGGCAUUCAAUCACCUUCAUCUUCGGUUAGUAGUGGCACGUGUUCCGGUAAUAGGUCACCAACUUUAGGAAAACAUUGGAGAGAUGGAAGUACACAAGCAGAAGAUACGACGAAACACAAUAUUUGGGUGCCUAAAACUAUCCGAAUCAAUAAUCCAGAAGAGGCUGCGAAGAGUUCUAUAUGGUCAACUUUGAGAACAAAAUCUCAACAGAACAAACCUAUUAUGAAAGGAGGUGUUUUUAAAUCAUUUGAACCUAAGUCAAGUGCAAGUUCUCGAGAUUCAGACGAUAAUCAAAUUCUAAGAGCUAACCCUGCUGCUUUCUCUCGGUCCGGAACUUUUCAAGAAAGCAUUUAAUAUCCUAACUCAGUCUUGGUAGCAUUUAUUUUUAGAUGAGGCAUUAAGAAUUUCUCUGAGUUUCAUUGUUGUCUUUGGCUAAUUCCAUGUAAUUGAAGUUUUAGAAGAUAGCCAUAAUAAGAAUAGCAGAGGAAUUUUAGGGUCAUAUGUUCUCUGAUCUGUUAGAAUUUCAGUUUUGUGACAGCAAUUGCUCCAUGAUAAAACUAGACUUGUUAGUUUUCACAUCAAUUUCAUUGCAAUAAAGAAAGAAACUCAUGAAAGUUGAUGAAUCUUUACUUUGAGGUAUGAUAUUUAGGCUUCCAAUCUGAAGCAAUCCUGAUAGUAACUACUUUGAGAUGUUUCUUAGUUCCAUGUAAUCUUCAUUUGUUUCACCAUCCAUUCAAUUCUAACUUUCGAGUUCGCGCGUAUCAUUCGUUUUUGUAUGCAUUUCACUUGUUUUCGUUUUUGUAUCGUGCUGAUUCUCGAGUUAGUUAUAGCAUAAAGCAAAAUGCUCUGGCUUAUUCCUGUCGCAAAUUUCUUUUUCUUGUCUGUUUUGUUAUAUUAGCUGUUAAGAUUUUGCAAUUUUUUCUGACCGUCAUGAAACUUCAUAAACAUAAUUUUCAACCUCGGU